AUGGGAAUGCCUCUAUACACCCACUUGACUACUGUCAAGGGUCAGUUAUCGGGAUUCUCUAAGACGGCAAAGGCGAUACUUAUGGGAACGUCUUUUGCCUACUACGCUAGCAACAUUAUUAUGAGCACAGAACGAGCAGAGGAGGUGGUGGAGGCACCACAAGGGGACAAAAUUGAUAACGAGAGAGGCAGCUACAGCGACCUGCGUCUCCUCGCGUCUGCGGAGACGGCAGACCUGACAGAUCUGUCGACAGAAGUGCAGGCCAUAGCUCAUCGCUUCAACGCCGAAUUUGAGGCAGUGCUGGCUGCAGGUGAGGCGGAUUCAGGUGCUGGAGCGGCAAUCGUGCAGCGUCUUCUGCCCACUGUGGUUGCAGUGUUGGAGCAGUUGGACGAGUUCUACAAGGACCAUGCCGCUUACAAGGCGGAGGUGAUUCAACUUCGUGAGGAAACCACUUCCCUCUUCAGCCAACUGACCAAGGAAAAGGCUGCUCGCCGUGACACUGAAGACCUGCUGAUGCGAGUGGAGGAUCAAUUUGAGAGUGAACGCAAGAUCUUGAAUGAAGCUCUGGCGCAAAACGAGACGCAGAUUCGACGCCUUGAAAUCAAGUCAAAGAACGUCGGGGAACAGCUUGCACGCAUGGAACAGAAGGAGCAAGAAAUCUUUGAAGGAGAACUCCAAACUCCACGAGCGAAUCAACGAGCUGUUACGAUCGCAUGCCGAGUUGAACGAUUCCCUGAAACAGUCAGCUGCAAUGCCAGUCUACUCAGUGAUGAAGCGACGGGACUCAGCUGGAAUGCAGGGCGAGGUGAACAAUCUGAUUCGGGAGAACAUGGAGCUAAUGGAGACCAAGUGGGUUUUUUGACCACUUUGCCUUACACUUUAUCCACAUCUAGGAACGCGCUAAAUGUUGUCAAGGACGAUCUGCUCCUACAGAGGGAUAGCCUGAAGGCAGAUAAUCAGCUGUUGAUGGAGGCGGUGAAGCAGCUGACGGAGAAACAGACCAUGCUACAGCAGGAACUUGUCAACUCAGAUCAGAUGCUCACGACUGCACGAACUGAGAUAGAGUCGUUGAAGGCUACUGUGGAGAAAUUGAAGCGAGAGCUCUCCACCAAGGGCUUCACCAAGGCGGAGAUGAUGCGCAUCAUCACCGACCGCAACUACUACAAGGAACGAUUCAUCGAGCUACGUGAUGCAAUCAAACUCAUGGAGAUGAUUAGAGCGGGCCAGCGUGGCCAUCCAGACUUGCUGGAUGACUUGCCACCCACUGUCACCGACGUGCAGGUGCAUCAGAACGCCUCACCGCAUCAUCAGUUAAAAAGUGUUUUUGCUAGGAUAGACGACUUGGAAAGGCGGCACGAGGACGGCCCCGAUGCUAAGCCAGUGGCAACAACAUCAGGUGGCGGUGCUGCUUCCCGCACCUUCCAGUCACAGCAGUGGAUCAAGAUCUACCAGUCUCCGACCACUGGGCUCACCUUUGGUUGGAUCCGUGGGUUCGGACGUGUGCGACAGGGUAAGGCCGAGUUGUCCACGACCAAGAAUCCCACCUCCCUCUUCAGCCCCGUCGCUCAUCCUGUACCCAAGAAGUGCCGCAGCAUUGGACGCUCCACGCUACGAAUUGAAUUGACUGCUGCCCUGUCAGUAGCAGCUCCACUAGAAGGAAAGUGCGCGCAACAUCUUUGGCUCAUUGGUCGAGGCGCGGCGUCAGAAGCGGUGUCAGGAAAGAAGAAGCUGAAAAAUGUCGGCAAAUUGUACAUCUUUGAUCCGCUUCAACUGACCGAUGCGUUGGUGAGCAUGGACCUCGAUGACGACUUUCUACCCAUCUCUGCGGGUCUCUUCUCCGUGGCAGAGCCGCUGAACGACUACCGCGUUUUGAUUGCUGCUUCAGAUGGUCGUUUCCUCGUCUGCGCGACUACCAGCAAUCCUGAUGCCAUCUCCAAGGAAGACGCCUGGAGGGUGACCCUCCUCUCCACCUUCAAAAUGGCCAAUCCGGGUGAAGCAGCCACUACAAUUGUCCUGGCGCUCCCCUCGCAGACGCCUUGUCUCCACGCCAUCGCUGUCGGCGACGAAGAGGCAACAUCGUCGGCUGAGACCUCGGCUUCAACUUCUCGGCGGCUAAUUUGGCUGGCGGUGUCAGGCCAAAGUCCGCCAACACCGACGAUACAGCAGCGCGGCAGUGUGGAGGGCGCGGAGGGUGUGUACCUCGGACCGCUCUCGCGACUCCUCUCGGUGUGUGCGGAGAAGCACAUCUUCCUGCAUAAAAUCGACCUCACUAGUGUCCUUACCUCCAUGAUAGGCAAUGAAGGUGCCUUAUGCUUCUUUAAACCUCAGCGAAAUCCAGCUGCCAUCCCAAAGGUAGAUAAUGAUCACAGCAUCUACGUUCUUGUUGUAGACACAACCGGUGUGCUGGAUCCAGUGGACCUGACGGUCUCGCGUCUCCUUGUGCAGGGCAAUGAGUGCAUCUGGUUUGCCACACGCUGCGGUCUCAUCGGCCGCUUUUUCAUAGCCUUUCUCCUUAACGAUGCAGCAGACGGUUCACCAACAGAGGUGCUUAGCCAGGACGCCAUAUCCCUCAGCUGUCAUGGCUAUAGGCGCCCCAUCUCCGCACUGUUAGCCAUCCGAAGUACGGACCCGAGUAACCCUUUCAUCGAGGCGUUCCUGUUAUUCCAAUUGAACCCACAUCCAAUUGUGUCUUGUAGAUCAGGUGGAGGGAAAGGAGAAGGACGCCACCACGUCAACAAAUCAGGCGUCGUUCCUGGUGGUUGCCAGCCACCUUUAGAACCCGAUACUAAUCCGAGUAAGCUGAUCCCCACUCUAUAUCUAAAAACUACUCUCGCAUUUGGUGACAAAGUAUUUUCUCUAAAAGCGGAAGAAUUGGUGGGAAACAUUGGGGGCGUCAGUGAAUCGAAAGCCUCAGUCGAUGAUGCAGCCCGUUCUCCAGAGAAGGUCGAUCAGGUUGAACAGGCAAUCAAGAUGCCAACCCAGGAGAAGGUGGAACCUCCAAUUCAAACGGAAGUUGCAGCUCCACAAUCUGAGAUCACGAAGUCUCCGAUAGCCCAAGACCACACUCGUGGAAAUUCACCACCAAUUGUUGAAGUCAGUGUUCAACUGCACGAGGAAGAGGAGGACUACGGGGAUGAGGAAGAGGAGGAGAAAGUGGAAAACACCCGAAAGGAGGAAGGGGUGGAAAAGCUUGUAAUUGCGGUAAAUGCGACCCCCAAAACUUCCCCCCCGGAAGGUAGUGAUGGUGAAAACUCCGCCUUCAGAAAACCGGCUCCCCCUCCGCCGCCUUCUAAUCCUUCUGUUCCGGCUCCAGUGAGGAAGGAGACUCGCGCAGUCGGUUUCACCGUGGAAGCCCCGGAACGCGUGAACUCUGCAGUGGAGGCCAAAUGUCCUCCCUCGAGCCUUGUCUACAUCCGGUGUCUCGUGCGUCCCUUCACCGCCGCUCAACUGUCCACCAUGCUGGAGACACACUUCGGCCGUGCCUCUGAGCUCUGGCUCGAUCGUAUCAAGUCAACCGCUGUCGCCCGUUUCUCCAACGAGGAGGUGGCUACUAGGUGUCGUGAGGGGCUGGAUGGUUGUCGAUGGCCCUCCAUCAACCCGCGCAUUCUUCAGUGCGAAUUCGCCUCAGAAGCCCUCCUCGCUUGGCUCAAAGAACAUGGCGAGGCGGGUGACAAGCCUCCGCCUAGACAUCUCCUCGGCGGCAGUAGUGCUGCCAGUGCUGCUUCCACGAAUGAAACCAACGACAGCAGCGUGGAAAGAAAACGUCCGGAAAAGUCGAUGGACGACACCGAGACCAUGGGUGGCGCGAAGAGACGUAGGUUGCAUGGUAUCGAGGGUGUAACGAAGGCGACGGAGAAGGAGGUAGAAGGGCGGGGCAAACGCGAUACGAGAGGCGAGGAGUCCUCAAAGUCGCUGGACGAUCUUUUCAAAAAGACUGAGGCGACCCCAAGUGUCUAUUGGCUGCCCCUCACCGAUGAAGCGAAAUGGCUUCUACCCUUUUUAUCUGUUCAAACAGACCCCAUCGCCAGGGAACAAGCGUGUGAUCCGCGAAAGACGUCGUUCUCCCUCGCCUAG